AUGUCAGUAUCAUCACCGAAAACAUCCCGCUUCGCAUUCGGUACCCGCUCUCCACCUCUCCACUCCCGUCCCUCCACAUCCAGCCAAGUCUCCCUCACCUCCCUCUUCGCCGGGAAUACCUCCAUCUCCACCGACCCCUCACAACCACUAUCUGAUUCUCGGUCUUUUAUCGCUCAGGCAUUUGUGCCGCAUGUUGCGUUUCUGGCUAGUUCGGAUGCGGAUGAGAUAGCGAGGGAGAAAGGAUGGGAGGAUCUGUUAGAUUUGGUGAGGGUGUUUGGGGAUCAGGUGCAAGGGAAGGUUGGGAUUAGGGAUUCGAGUGGACAGGCUAGUGGAUAUGAGGAUUUUGGGGUGAGGUUUACGACGUUGGGAUCGAGUCGGAGUCCGUUGCAAGCGGGUGGACCGCGAUCGGCAGCUCCUGGAGCUCAGCUGGAUGCGAUUGAGAGGUUGUUGGAGAGACACGUGAGGGAAUAUGGAGAUCACCUCGCACAGACACAACUUGGACUUUCAGAAACCUCGUCGAUAUCGUCUUCUACGGCACCUUCCGUGACUGAACGCGACGAUGGGGGGACUGCCGUCCAAAUAUACCCACAUUUUCUCCGUCGGGUGUUUUCUUCGUUACCCGUCGCUACCCACGAAACAUUUGCACAUCCAGUCGCUUGUGUACUUGCUGUGUCAUCGCGGCAUCCGGAUCCAAUAUCGGGGUUUACGGGGUUGUACACUCGAUGCGCACAAACACCGAUGCCGGUAUGGGUGGAUAGAGGUUACCUGCGGUACUACCUGCUGGUGCACGAUGAGGACAAGGACGACUUGGAGGAAAGCAUUAAGGUGUUCGAGCGCAUAAAGCGGCAGUUUGGGCUCAAUUGCUGGAUGGUUCGCAUCAAUUCACGGAUGAUGUACGGUUCUGACGACGACGUACUUCCUGUUCCGCAGUCACUCUGGAUGCCAGCCCAGGCCUCGUUGGACCACUUGGACAAACCAAAGGACGAAGAACGCUACCUCUCCAUCCCGGAUGCCGAUGCUCUUAAGGCAUUCGUACGGCAUCUCACGACGGAAGCACUUGUGCCCUUCAUGGAACGGCAGAUUCAGACAUGGGAUCAGACAAUUGUCGGACCACGCCGUGGCCUGACUGGUCGUCUGUCUUCCCUCUCUCGGCGCUACUUCGGCUCCGCGCCCUCCACGCGCACCUCCUCCCCUUCUCAUACCUCAUACGACCCGUCAACAGGCUCAUACCCACCCACCUCCCCGGAAGCUCAAAUGCGCAAAAUGGCUGACUGGGCAUUCAUGCUGCGUGACUGGAAACUGGCGAAUUCGACAUACGAAAUGCUACGGAAGGAGUUCAGUAGUGAGAAAGCGUUCGGACAGCAAGCAGGUGCACAGGAGAUGUACGCCAUUACGCAUUUGAUGAUGCUCCAACCUCUCAGUGCACGAACACGGCAGGAGAUUUUGGAUCCGGCUGUGGACUCCGCGCUAUAUUCCUACUUGACUCGGUCGAAUAGUCCAUAUGCUGCGCUGAGAUUGUUACUUAGUGUCAUCGAGCUAUUGAGGGUCAGGCCGGGAAGCAGCCAAGACGCAGCGGCAUUAUGGACUAUCAAACUCCUCUCACUACAACCACCACUCCUUCCACCUUACGCACACGCACUCAUGGUCGACCGCGUGGCAAAUAUCUACUUCAACAAGAAUCUGUCUCCAUCAUCUAGCCUGCCGUUCGGUAGCCGAAGACGGAAAGCAGCGAUGUGGGCCGUGCUUGCCGCUGAGGCAUGGUUGGGAGUUGAGGAGGGAAAGAAGGUUGCAGAAGUUGCGAGGCGGUGUGCAAAGAGGGCUGGGAGGCAGUUUGAGGGGAACGCGUGGGAUGAGAUCAGUUUUCAUAUUCGGAAGUUAAUCGAGCGGACUAGCACUGGAGAGCAGAAGGGUACCAGUGUAGGAGAUGAACUGGAGGAGAAGAUGGAGAAGAUGGCGGUGCAGGAGGCGGUUGUGGAUGGAGAGAAAGUUGAAGUAUGA